UCAGUGAGAGGAAAGGUAACGUUACACUAGCGACAGAUACAGAGCUGAGGCGGGUUUGAUAUACAACAAAGCGAGCACGGAGUGAUCCAUAGAUCUCAAACACGAGUCUCGCUGAUGUUGUUUUAUUCUUACAGACUGGAUUUAAGAGUUCGGGAUAGAGCUAGUGCUCUGGCUAGCCGCUGUAAGGAUAUCAGAUGAUCACACAGCGGGAGAGAGUCUUGAAGUCGUCUCGAGAUGCGGCCUGUGUUUGAUUGACAGUCAUGGGAGGCUGCGUGGGGCGCGAGCGCGAGGAGUCACGUGGGCACGGCUCGAGGAAGCGCGGAGGUCGUAACGAGCCGUUGAAGAAAGACAAGCCCAAGUGGAAGAGCGAUUACCCGAUGACGGAGGGCCAGCUCCGCAGUAAGAGAGAUGAGUUCUGGGACACGGCUCCAGCGUUCGAGGGCCGGAAGGAGAUCUGGGAUGCCCUGAAGGCCGCCGCUGUGGCUCUGGAGUGUAACGAUCAUGAACUGGCUCAGGCUGUCGUGGACGGAGCCAACAUCACGUUACCUCACGGAUCCCUGACCGAGUGUUACGACGAACUCGGAAACCGUUACCAGCUCCCGGUUUAUUGCCUGGCCCCGCCGGUCAAUCUGAUCACCGAAAGAAGCGAAGAAGACCUGUCUGACAACCCCGAGCCCCCCACUGCUCAGAAGAAAGAGUUCCAGCUGAAGGUACGGCUCUCCACCGGCAAAGACGUGCGUCUGAGCGCCAGCAUGACCGACACCAUCGGCCUGCUCAAGAAACAGCUGCAGGCCCAGGAGGACAUCGACCCGGCCCACCAGCGCUGGUUCUUCUCCGGCAAGCUCCUCACAGACAAGACCCGCCUGCAAGACACCAAGAUCCAGAAGGACUUUGUCAUCCAGGUCAUCGUGAACCAGCCCGCGCCGAACCUCUAGGAUGGACAGCACGGGGAUAAAGGACCAAAGCACAGCAGCGGAGAGAACGUCGAACCACACAAAUACAUCCAGAACAACUUGAUCCUGCUGUUUAAAAACACUCUGGAGGAAAAAACCUGUGAACAUCUGGAGAAACACACAAACCAGAUGCAGCGGACGGCAUCUGCGCUGACUUACGUGUGUCUGGUAGCGAAGCACACUGAUUGAAUCUCUUGACUAUGCAUAUCCUGCAAAACAGCCCUCUGAAAGCAAUCUCUCUCUCUCCUUUCAAGAUCAUCGGACUUGAGCUUCAUUUUGCACACUUGAGUAUCUCCGAAUAGUUGUGCCUUGAAAGAAGAGCGAAUGCUGGGUUUAUUUCUCUUACGAGGCACGUUCGGUCACUUUCACGCGCUUUGUAUUUUCAGGACUGACGUCUUUGAGCACAACUGUACUUUCUAUGCAAUCCUAAAACCGGAAAGAGACGCUGAUGUCGUCGGGGCUGACCUACAUUUCGGACACGUUUGCUGACGCGAGGCAACGCUAUAA